AUGUCCGACCAGAACUCAUUCUUUGUGCUGACAAACCUGAUUAUGACCAAGAACCAAACAGAGACCAAAUGUGCAGAGAUUCCAAACGAGGUCACUAUUUGCUCCUCUGACGAGAGCUGCACAGCUGGAAUAAUAAGUUCACGAAGCAAUGGUGUGCAGACAGGUAAAUGUGUCAACUUCAGUGACACAGUUAAAACGUGUGAGAUCUUUGCCUGGUGUCCUUUGGAAAUAGACGAUAAAGCACCCGAUCCUCCAGUGUUAACAGGCACAGAAAAUCUAACAGUGCUGGUGAGGAAUAACAUCCGAUUUCGAAAGUUCGACUUCAUCAAAAGGAACAUCCUGCCACAUGUAGACAAGCACUAUUUGGAGCGCUGUGUCUUUAACCGCUCUACCGACCCCAGUUGCCCCAACUUCAGGCUCAAGGACAUUGUGCAAGAGGCCGGAGAGGACUUCCAGACCAUGGCCAUUCAUGGCGGAGUGAUGGGAUUCCAGAUCAGAUGGGACUGUGAUCUGGACAAGGACGAGAGUUUGUGUGUACCACAAUACAAAUUCCGGCGUAUUGACAAAUACAGUUUAAUAGGAUAUAAUUCCAUUAAAACAGGAUAUAAUUUCAGGUACGCAGAAUAUAACAAUACGGGCCGCCAGAAGACCAGAACAUUAAUCAAAGCAUAUGGAAUUCGCUUUGACAUCAUGGUGUUUGGACAGGCUGGCAAAUUUAGCAUUAUUCCAACACUGAGCAACGUAGGGGCUGGUUUGGGUCUCCUAGGCUUAGUCACGUUGUUGUGUGAUUUGGUUGUGCUAAAUUGCUUUCCUCAACGGAAGGAUUACAGAGAACACAAGUAUUCAAAAUUUCUAAAGGUCUCUGGAGACGAGAACCCCCCUUCUUCCCAGCACGAGCAGAAUCCACAACAGGAAGUUGAAAUUAAUGACACAGAGGAAGUAGCCUAA